AAUGUUUCUAGCUGAGAAUUGUGACUGUUUUGCUAUCCAAAUAAAAUCAUCUAUGAAUAUAUAAAUGUCAUUCAUGGCUUUUUUAUUUGGUCAUUUGUAUCAUGUGACACUAUAGCAAGAUGUCCAUACUCCAGUGUUUAUUGGUCUGUGUCUUGUGUAGUUGCUUUGUUGCAACUGCUAAACUGCCUAAUAUUGUAUUUGUGUUGAUUGAUGAUUUGGGCUUUGCUGAUGUUGGUUUUAGAAAUCCUGCUAUCUCUUCGCCUAACUUUGAUCAAUUGGCUAAAACUGGUCUAGUUCUUAAUCGUCAUUAUGUUUUUAAGUAUUGCUCUCCAUCUCGUGCUUCUCUUUUAACUGGACGAUGGCCUCAUCAUGCUCAUCAGUGGAAUCCACUAAUGGACAGCACAAUUGGUACUAAUAUUAAUAUGACAAUGCUUCCAGCUAAACUAAAAGCUGCAAACUAUUCCACUCAUAUGGUAGGGAAGUGGCACCUUGGAUUCUUUGAUCCUAGAUACCUUCCAAUCAAUAGAGGCUUUGAUACUUCAACUGGGUUUUUUGGUUGUUGUGAAGACCAUAUGAAUGAAAAAAGUGGUUGCUCAAUUGAUUAUUGGAAGAAUAAUGCUCCUGAUCCUCGUAAUGGAACAUAUGAUGCUUAUAAUUAUCGUGAUGACCUGACUGAUGUUAUGAGCAACUAUAAUACAGAAAAUCCACUUUUCCUGUAUCUGCCUUUGCAUAAUGUCCAUGCACCAUUUCAAGCUCCAAAGGAAUGGUUAGACAUUUAUCCUGCUAAUUCAACUUGUGAAAAGCGACAUACUUUACAAGCAAUGAUAAGUGUAGCUGAUAAUGUUACUGGACAUUUAGUUGAACUGUUAAAGAAGAAAGGAAUUUGGGACAAUACUAUAAUGGUCAUCUCAGCUGAUAAUGGUGGUGCUCCUUGUGCUGGUAGUAAUUAUCCUUUAAAAGGUUGUAAGACAACCUUUUUUGAAGGAGGUGUUCGUUCUGUAGCUUUUGUUAAUGGUGGUCUCCUACCAGAAUCAAGAAGAGGUCAGUCUACUGAUGGAUUCAUUCACAUUGCUGACUGGUACCCUACAUUCUGUAAACUAGCAGGAGUUGAUCCUGAUGAUUCUGGAACAGGAAAGUUUCCAGUUGAUGGUUUGGAUGUCUGGCCUAUCAUAACAGGAGAGAAUGAAAAGACACAGCAUGAAGAGAUAGUAUUAGGAUAUAACUUUGAUUUUAGGCGUCCUGGACAAGGAGCUAUAAUUGUUGGUAACUAUAAGCUAGUAGUAGGUUUGCAGGAAAUCGGUUGUGAUAGCUUGAUGUGGUCACCACUUGACUAUCCUUGUAGUAAUGGAACUUUAGGCCCUGACUGUGAUCCAUAUUGCUUAUAUGAUAUUGUAAAUGACCCCACUGAGAUGAAUGACCUUUCAAAAAAGAAUCCAGAUAUGUUAAAAAAACUAGUUGAAAGAUACAAUUCUUAUUCUAAGGAACCAAGACACAUGCAAGAUCAAGGCUAUCAUAGUGAAGAUGAUCUUCCUCAAGAUCCCAAUGCAUGCAAGUAUAUGGCAGACAAUGGAGGCUACUGGAGACCUUGGAAGAACAUUUAGAAAAUAACAAGAUCAGAAGCUAUAUGCUAAGCAGAAACAUACAAAAUGCUAAUCACUAAAAAUACUUUAUUAAUUGUA